UGCAUUCGUGUCGUUCGUGGCCAAUUAUUCCGCCGAACCGAAAGUAGGCGUUCAAGAUGGCACAGCAAUAUCCCCCCGUCUCCUGGUCUUCGUUACCGCGCAAGGACCAACUUCUCCUUCUCUUCAUGAUUCGAUUUAGUGAGCCAGUAGUCAGAAUAUCCAUCGGUGCAUACAUAUUCUACCAGCUCCAAUAUAUCGAUCCGACAUUGUCCAGCGCUGAAAUUAUUACUCAGUCCGCAUAUCUUCAAACCGCGUAUACCAUUGCGCAAGCUGUUUCGUCUUUGGUAUGGGGUGUAGUCUCGGACUCACCGCGAGGUGGGAGGAAACUCGUUGUAUUGACGAGCUUAACUGGGUCCCUGAUUAGCUGUACAUUAUUUGGCUUCAUCACAAGCUUUAGACAGGCAGUAUUCCUUCGAGUUUUUGAAGGAAUCACCAAUGGUAAUGUCGCCAUGGUUCGAACGAUGGUAUCAGAGUUUGUUCAGGAAAAGAGAUAUCAGGCUAGAGCUUUCGCGCUCCUACCAAUCGCUACUCGGAUGGCGAUAAUCAUCAGUCCGCUUGUGGCAGGCUGGACUGUUCAGGUUGAGACAGUGGGAGAUGGCGACAGCUUUUUGACAAAAUACCCAUACGCAUUGCCGGCUUUACUGAAUGCUGGGUUUCUAUUCCUCCUUUUAUUGGCGGCAUUCCUAUUCCUUGAAGAGACCUCCAAGCCAUUGCGCGGCAGAUUUGAUCUUGGGCUUGCUAUUUCGAGUAAACUUUACUCUAUACUCUGCCUCAUGCCGAGGAGAUAUUCUGUAGACGCAAACUACACGCCAAUCAUUUCCGACGUCGAUGAGAGCGAUGCGGGUGAAGAAAUGGGCUUCAUGAAAGAAGUCGACAGCAGUAUCCAAUCCGAGGCCAAAGUAUCACUUGGUAUCCCAGUCGAAUCAAGUGCCAGAGAUGCGAAACUUCCCACCAGCCGGAUAUUUACCAAGAAUAUGCUUCUAGUACUUCUUACUACAUUACUCUAUGAGCUUCAUCUCAAUAGCGUCAAUAUUGCAAUGACGAACCUGUUGGUCGAUCCAGUCUCUACAAGAGAUCAGGAACGCUCCAGGAUUCUUCCCUUCCGAUUUGGAGGCGGCGCUGGAUUUCGACCGAAGUCACUCGCGUGGUAUUCGACCGUCUUUGGCAUCAUUGGUAUCCCCAUGCAAGUCUUAGCCUACCCAUGGCUCAACCAGCGUCUUGGAUGUCUGAAACUUUGGCGCCUCUUCUAUCUCGGGUAUCCUAUCCUGUAUUUCGCAUAUCCGUACGUCGCUGUCAUGCCGUCUACAACGCCACCGCCAGCGGAAAAGACCGGAAUCGUAGUGUGGGUAUAUCUUGUCCUUAUCCAGGCGUCGACAGCGCUCAUCACCAGCGUUGUCACGCCAUCGCAGCUUCUGCUGGCCAACUUUUCAUCACCUCAUCCAUCGGCUCUGGGAAGAACGCAUAGUAUUACUUUCUUCACGUCAAUGGUGAUCAGGGCUGCUAGUUCUGCCAUGGCGGGAAAUGUGUAUGCUUAUGGGUCAACGCACGACCUCACUGGCAUCAUUUUUUGGUCCAGCAGCGCCGUGUCUUUAGUGGCUAUCAUCUUGACUUGGUUUGUGAAGGAGGGAAAUGGUCAUGAGAUCAAGCUAGCCGGAGAGGAAUGAAGCCAAUGUCCUGUCGCAACUCAUACCAAUUCCAAUGGAAAGACGAACAUGUUUAUGUACUAUGACCUGUAGAACCUAUAAGACUAUCCUUAAUUUUAGAC